CGUUGGAAGAAAGGUCGCCUGUUGGGUUCAGGAGCGUUUGGUCAAGUAUUCCUUGCCCUCAACAUGGAGGAUGGAUCAGAACUUGCCGUCAAGCAAGUCAACCUGCACCCUGAAGCUGGGAACGGUGACAGCCAGCGUGAGGUGCAGGCCCUACGAGAUGAGAUUCAGCUCUUGAAAGAACUCCACCACGAACGUAUCGUCAUGUACUAUGGCACCGAACACACCUCUACCUACCCCCCCCCCCCCCCAAAUCACUCAUCAUGUUGCCCGCUUCGUUCGAUCGCCAAUCGGCUCGCCGAGUAUGGCUGUUUUUCGGUGGACAUUGUUCGCAAGUACACGCGGCAAAUAUUGGAGGGUCUUCAGUACUUGCACGACAACAAAAUUGUCCACCGUGAUAUCAAGGGAGCCAACGUUUUGGCCACGGCAACAGGCGAUAUCAAGCUAGCGGACUUUGGGGCAUCUAAACGUCUUCAGACCAUCAAGACUGUGACGGGGUUCAAGUCCAUCCAUGGCACCCCUUACUGGAUGGCCCCCGAGGUGGUUACCGGCCAAGGCUACGGACGGCGUUCUGACAUUUGGAGUAUGGGUUGCACGGUAAUUGAAAUGCUGACGGCACGACCGCCCCUGAGCGACUGUGAACCUAUGGCAGCACUCUUCAAGAUUGGG